AUGUUAACCAGGCGUUCAGUGUUGGGCGAAUGGAAGUCUGAUCGAGUGAUAUUGGCAUGUCAAAAAUGUGAGGUCACAUUUACUUUUAGUUGUAGACGUCACCACUGCCGUUACUGUGGAGGCAUUUUUUGUGCUUCCUGUUCCAACAUAUUUGUGCAACUACCGCAACUACAGACGAAGAAACCGCAACGUAUUUGUUGUACGUGUUACUCAUUACUUUCAAAGCCAGUGUUAAAUGAACUAUCAAAAACCGAAAAGCAGUUAGAGAAAAAUACAGAGUCUCUGGAAGAAAAUUUCCAUGGUAUCAGUGAUGAAGCUUCUCAUUUAACAUACUCUACUGAAAUAGUGGCAAAUUCUACAAAAUCGGUUAUAGUAGAGAGUGGUAAUAAGGAAGAAGCUUAUUUUAAUGAUUAUUGCGAUGUUGACACUAGUUCUAGUAGUGAUGAUGUCUCAGCUGCUAUUGCUGGUGUUUAUUCAUCAGUUGAUGAUGGAAAACGUACCACGAGUAUUUCGUUUAUAGCAUCUUUACAAGAUAAUCUUAGGAAUUCUGAAGACGCAGAUGUUGUGAAUGUCCUCUUGUUUGUGUCAGCAACGAGGUAUCAGGUAAUCUGUGUUACGGUAGCUGAGGGAGAAAGCAUGAUGAUGCUUGUGAGACGUCUGGUGGAUUCGUAUUUUAGACUGGAGAAGGGACCUUUUAAGAGUUUUACAGAUGUCGAUCGAGAUAUUUUAUUAGAAAAGCUUAAGUUUUUCACAGAGACGAUUGUGAUCGACGAUAACGCUGAUGCAAUUGAUGUUCUGUCUCAGUAUAACCACCUGGUGCUUUCUACACUUUCUCCUUUAGAAAUGAUGAAGGCAAGAGAUGAAGUUCCCAUUCGCUACUUUUUUUGCACUGAACACCAUGGUGAUAGUAGUCUGGAGGGUAUGGAGCAGUAG